AUGGGGAUGCCGAUUAUAGCUUUCCUAUUUGCCCAAGGGCAGUGUGCAUCAUUUGAGCAACUGGAGCUGUUUCUACAGCAACCCUUCACCAAGAUUCAGACUCUGGUGGGUCGAUUUGAGAUUUAUUGCCUUUCCGGGUCAUACUUGGUGCUAGAUGAUGGUGGCACACGGACCCGAAGCAGAGGGCUUUGCAUUGCUUUGUUUGGUCCUGACCAUAGGGUUAUUGGUGGGAGUGUAGUUGGAGUCCUGACAGCAGCUGGAACAAUUCAGGUGAUGGCUGAUUUCUGUGUGAUAGAGAAUUUUCUCAUAUACAUAAUACUCAAAUUUGAGUUCACAAAACCUCACAGCUUGGAAAAUAUGCUCCAGCUACUUUCAAGUUGUGUUGGUGCAGUAUUAUAG